AUGCUGUCGUUUGAGGAGAGGAUAAGGAGGUAUGUCAAGAAGAGCAAGAACAAGACCAUCAAGAAAGAUACAUUGGAUUUCAUAUCUGAAAUAUUGAAGAGAUUUCUGGAUAGAUUGAUUGACAGGAGCUUGCAGAUUAUGGAAGAGUGCAGAAGAAAAUCAUUCAAGGGACGGGUUAUCUGUAAUGGGACUGUAUACAUGAUCCCAACAUUCCUAAUAGAGUUUGGUGUAUCUCAGCAUACCUGUGAUGUAACAGCAUCCUAUGAGCGCAUGUUGGAAAAGGGACUUACAGAACUUGAGGCACUGAAGAGGGCAAGAGGGAUGGCAUUCAAUGUUGACAUGUACAAGGAAAUAAUAGAGAGCAAAGCCAAGAAUAAUAUCAGAGUGAAGAUGGAUGCCUACAUUGUUCUUGAUGCUACAAUGAAGUAUGCUAUAAACACGCUGUUCGAUGAGAUACAGAGUGGAUGCAGCAGAUCCGAUGUGAGCGAUGCCAUCAUCAGAGAGAUGCUCUUGAGAUACAUCUUGGGCCCAUUCAUAGAUCUAAAGCCAACACCAUACAAGAGAACAAGAAUAGUGAGUGAGUAUGACAUAUUGGAUGAUAAGAGCCAAGAUCAGCUGAUGAAGAAUAAUCACCAUGAUAUGAUUAGAUUGGGCAGAGGGACCCAUGCAAUGAUAAAAGAGAAUGUUGUGGCAUACAUGGAUGAGGUCAUGAGAGCAGUAUUGGAUGUGAGCGAGGGGAAAGAGGUCCUGGGUGUAGAGGAUUGCAUAUCCGGGAUCAAUCAGAAGAACAUACGCAUAGAGAUGGUAAAUGAUAUGAGAAUUGUUAUAGAGAAUGCAAAGAAGCACAAAUAUGGUUAUACUCCAGAAUCAUAUGAGGAAUUGAAGUCAUUUACAGAUGAGAUCCUGAAGACAUAUGGAUGUGAGGUCAUAUUGGAUGAGGAGGCAAAAUGGUUGAUUUAUUGUAUCUACAAGGAGUAUCUGUUCAGAUUGUUUGAAGCCAUAACGGAUAUAGUGUUGAUGGAGAAUUUGGAUGUUGCAAGGAGAAAAGAUGUGAUGUUUGUCAUAGAAUGCCAAAAAUAA